AUGUCUGUAGCAGGCUUCGACAUCGGCAACGCCACGUCUUGCGUGGCGCUUGCCCGCAAGCGCGGGAUCGAUGUGCUGAUGAAUAAAGAGUCGAAGCGCGAGACCCCCACAUGCGUGUCGUUCACGGAGAAGCGUCGGUUCAUGGGCGGCGAUGCAUCGCAAUCCAUGGCGACGAACAUGAAGAACACCAUCUCCGACCUGAAACGACUCGUUGGCAAGCGCUUCAGCCGCCCGGACGUGCAGGCGGACAUCAAGGACCUGCCCUUCGAGGUGGUGGAAGGGCCCGACGGCAAGUGCCACGUCAAGGUCCGGUAUCUCGGCGAGGAGCAGCUUGUCUCGUGCGAGCGGCUGUUCGCCAUGAUGCUCGUGGAAAUGAAGGCCGUCGCCGAAGCGGACCAGGGCUCCGCCGUCACGGACUGCGUCAUCGCCGUGCCCUGCUACUUCUCCGACGAGGAGCGCGCGGCGGUGCAGGAUGCAGCGAAGAUCGCGGGGCUGCACUGCCUGCGUGUCAUGAAUGAAAACACCGCCACGGCCCUCUCCUACGGCAUCUACAAGACGGACCUGCCGGAGGAUGCCCCGGCGCACGUCGUCUUCGUCGACUUCGGGCACAACUCAAUUCAAGUGUCUGUGGUGGCCUUCCAGAAGGGCCAGCUCCGGGUGUUGUCGCAUGCCUGGGACUCCGGCUGCGGCGGGCGCGACUUCGACGCGGUGCUCUUCGACCACCUCUGUGCCGAGUUUAAGGAGAAGUACAAGAUCGACGUGCGUUCGAACCGCCGCGCCGCCCUGCGCCUCAGGAUUGCCGUAGAGAAGCUCAAGAAGGUGCUGUCGUCGAACGCGGUCGCGCCCAUCGGCAUCGAGUGCCUGAUGGACGACAAGGAUGUGCAGUCCACGGUGUCGCGCGAGACGUUCGAGGGGCUCGCGCAGCCCCUCAUGCAGAGGGCCGUCUCGACGGUGGCGCGGGCCAUCGAGGAGUCUGGUCUGAAGACCGACCAGAUCGCCUCCAUCGAGGUCGUUGGGGGCUCCUCGCGCAUGCCUGCCUUCCUCACUGGCGUCAAGCAGCUGUACGGGCGCGACGCUGGACGCACUCUGAACGCCAAGGAGUGCGUGUCCCGCGGCUGUGCGCUGCACUGCGCGAUGCUGUCCCCCAUCUUCAGGGUCAAGGACUUCAAGGUUGAGGAAGCCGCGCCGUUCCCCGUCAACAUGAGCUGGGUGUCGCCGGACGACGGCAAGCAGGUCACCGUCGAGGUGUUCAAGAAGAACGCGGCGGUGUCGACGCAGGGCAGCUACAAGGAGGUGACGCUGUACCGCAAGGACAACUUCGACGUGCACCUGCACUUCGCCGACGGCGCCCUCCUGCCCGAGGGCGUGCCGCGGGACAUCGGCACGUACCGUUGCGGUCCGUUGAGGGUCCCGGAGGGGCAGGACAAGGCGAAGGUCAAGGUCAAGGUGCAGAUGGGCAUGGACUGUACCGCGACGGUGAACACCGUGUUCAGCGAGGAGGUGCAGGUGGUCGAGGAGCCUGCUGCCGAGGGCGGCGAGAAGGCCGAGGGCGAGGAGGCCGCCGCUCCGAAGCGCACGGAGACCAAGGUCAAGCACAACAUCAUCUUCGAGGGGCCCAAGCGCCCAGGGAUGGACGAGGCGACGAUGCAGAGCGCCCUGGAGGCGGAGUUCAGCAUGGCCCAGACGGACCGCGUUCAGGAGGCGACGGCGGAGGCGAAGAACGCGCUCGAGGCCCACAUCCUGGCAAAGCGCAGCCAGCUGUACGACCAGCUCGCCGACUUCGUCGACGAGGCCACCAGGUCGCAGCUCGUGUCCGACCUUGAGCGUGCGGAGGAUUGGCUCUACGACGAGGGCGAGGACUGCUCCAAGGGCGUGUACGUUGAGAAGCUGGCAGAGCUGCGCAAGUUGACAGACCCCAUCGACAAGCGCCGCGCUGAGGACAUGGAGCGCCCUGGCCUGUGCGAGGAGCUGAUCAAGUUCUGCAAGGGCUUCCAGGACUCGGCCGCGUCGUCGGCGCCGGAGCUCGCGCACAUCACUGCGGAGGAGCGCGGUCAGGUGCAGCAGUGCUGCGCGGAGGCCCUGCAGUGGCUGGAGGGCAAGCAGGCGGAGCAGGCCAACCUGCCGAAGCACCAGGACCCGGUGCUGACCUGCGCAGCCAUCAAGGACAAGGCGGCCGCGGUCGGAAACACGUGCAAGCCCAUCCUGUCCAAGCCCGCGCCCAAGCCUGAGCCGCCGAAGGAGGACGUCAAGGAAGGCGACGAAGGCGCCAAGCCCGCCGAGGGCGGCGCUGAGGCGAUGGAGGAAGAUGCUGCGGAGCCGGCAAACGGGGAGGCCAUGGACGUGGACAACAAGUAG